UCACCCUCCACCGCCUUGUAGUUAAUACUCCUUGGCAUUUUUCUCUUCUCCUCCCAUAUUAACAAAAUCACAACAAAAGGUUCAAAAAACUGUCUGAGUUGACUCGGCAUCUAUGAUGACUGAUCCUAAACUUCCCGGCGAUCCAUUUCUCACUCGGUACGACGACUCGGAACUUCGAAUCGCUUCAGAAUUCCUAACAAAUUGGCUUCCUUUCCUCUCCAGAAACCUCUGCCGCCAUUGCACUCUCACUCUCUCUUCUCGCAUCCACUCUCUUUCUCCUCGGCACAAGGAUAAUGAGGAACAACCUUCCAAUUCUGGAGUGAGUUCCAAGGUUUUGAGGCCCGAUAACAAGGAUAAAGAUGUUGGUAGUUGUGAUACGCAUUCAUUGGGGAGUUGGAAAGAUGAGUCAGAAGCAAAUUCAUGUGUGGCGAAUGAGUGUUUGGAAUCACAGUCACCCCUUGCUGAUAUCUCUUCAAGGGAAGUAAUCAGUAGCAGUACUUCACUGCCUUCAGUAAGUGGAACUCCUAAAGUUCGAAUGUCAUGGGCUGACAUGGCACAAGAGGAUGAGCUUGAAGGAGAUGGAGAGAGUGAGGAGAGUAAGCCGGAAGAAGGGUAUGGUGGUGAUGUGUCCAACGGGGAAUCGAGUGGGGAGGUGAGAAGGAAGACGGAGUUGUCGAGGGAUCAGAGAGAGUAUUUAAGAUUUAUGAAUAUUAGAAGGAAGAAGGAUUUUACAUGUGUUGAAAGGGUUGAUGGAAAGUUCAAGAACAUUGUUCAAGGACUUGAGCUUCACACAAGUGUUUUUAGUGCCGUGGAACAGAAGAGAAUUGUUGAUUAUGUUUAUGAACUCAUGGAAAAGGGAAAGAAAGGCGAGCUGAAAGAACGCACUUACACAGCACCUAGAAAGUGGAUGAAGGGUAAAGGACGUGUGACUAUCCAAUUUGGUUGCUGUUAUAAUUAUGCAACUGAUAAAAACGGUAACCCGCCAGGCAUUCUAAAGCGUGGAGAAGUAGAUCCUUUACCUUCCUUUUUUAAAGUGAUAAUCAAGAGGCUGAUCAGAUGGCAUGUUAUUCCCGCAUCCUGCGUUCCUGAUAGCUGUAUUGUCAACAUUUAUGAAGAAGGAGACUGCAUACCUCCACAUAUUGAUAAUCAUGAUUUUGUUCGGCCAUUUUGUACUAUUUCUUUUCUCAGUGAGUGCAAUAUAGUAUUUGGAACAGACUUGAAGAUUGUGGGCCCUGGAGAAUUCAGCGGCGCUAUAGCAAUCCCCUUGCCUACUGGAUCGGUUAUGGUAUUGAAUGGAAAUGGAGCUGAUGUUGCAAAGCAUUGUGUCCCUGCAGUACCAUCUAAGAGGAUAUCUAUUACAUUCAGGAGAAUGGAUGAAUCAAAGCGGCCUUUGAAUUAUGUUCCCGAGCCAGACUUACAAGAUCUUGAACCAUUAUGUUACGACGAGGAAGGAGCAAAGAAAUCACCCCCACGGCGUCCUCUAGGCAGGCAAGGAACGGCGUCCAGAGGCGGGUUCAGGCCCGAAUGGAAGAGAGACGGGCAUCAGGUUGCUGUGAGGGGUCCCAGAACUAGGGUAUAUUUAGGAGGAAGCUGAUAUGAAGCAUGGUUUCUCAUCCCGGCCCGACCCAUUUAACUUAGGCACGGCCCAUAGUGUCGAUUCAUAUUGUUUGUCUGAAAGUGUAUAUAUAUAUACUUAGUGUUAGCUAUUUGUGAAAUUGACAGUCCUGAAGUUUAUAUUCUUGGUUCUUCAAAUCUGUUUGUUGUGAAUGUGAAACUGUUCGAGGUUUGCAGCUUCAGAAGUCCCUGCAAGAGUGUGGGAUUGUGCUGUACUUUUUGAGUUUGCAAUUAAUGGUGUUAUCUGCCCUAAUUGGAGAAUGAUCUGUGCUAAGUAUGGUGUUAUAAACAUUUGUAGAGUUUCUGCUGUUUACAGAUGAAGUUAUAACAGAUUUGCUGUUUGUGGAAUUUUUUUGUAAUGUGAUACACUGUA